CUUAUAACCCUUCGAAACCACGAGGAAUGAUCAUCUAAAGAGCAAUCAUGUCUUUCCUUUCCUUCUCCAGAUCUCGCCUUGCCCGGGUGACCGCCCUCACUCAGCAACCGUGCCGCAUGGUUCUCCCGGCUUCAUCACCCCAGUCUUCAUCAUUCCACUCCUCGGCCUCACGCAGUGUCCUUAAAGAAUCCGAUAGACACCGUGACGACCUAGGGAGUGAAAUCGAUAAGCACAACCAGGACCAGAUUAACCGCCACAAGGAAGGUCACGAAAAGGCCGGCUGGGUGGAAGAGUUGGCUAGCUCGAGCGAGGAGAAUGUUAAAGCCGACAGAGGCGAAAUCAGCGAUCCGACCUUCGACAAAAUUCAGGAGGAAAUAAAAAAGCAUGCUGCCCAGGGGAAAGGGAAGAAAGCAUGAAUGUGAUACUUCCUCGCUAUGCUGAAGCCCGAGGCCAUAUCUCCAACGGCGGUAGAGGCUGUCUGUGAGCCUUUGCCCAUAUAAAUUUGUGCAUUGAAAGUUAGUGGAAUGGGUUAUUUUAAAGCACUGAUGGGGCUAUAAAUAUUCAUGUUGGGGUUUCGAUUGAAACGAGGCCAGCCGUGAGGUUCAGAAACGAUGUAACUGUAUAUAAUGUCUCAGCAGAAAUAGGAGAUAGGUGCUGUGUAUACAUCAUGAUAAGACAGCCAAAAAAAAA